AUGCCAGUUGACCUGAAUGGGUAUUGGAAAAUGACCUCUAAUGACAACUUUGAGGAGUACAUGAAAGCCCUCGAUGUAAAUGUUGCCAUUAGGAAAAUUGCCAACUUGUUGAAGACCGACAAAGACAUCAGUGUUGAUGGUGAUCACAUGGUCAUCAAGACCCUCAGUACCUUUAAGAACUACAACAUGGACUUCCAUGUUGACAAGGAGUUUGAGGAGGAUCUGUCAGGGGUGGAUGACAGAAAAUGCAUGACCACUGUCUCAUGGGAGGGGGACAAGCUGGUGUGUGUUCAGAAGGGAGAGAAGGAGGGCCGAGGCUGGACCCAUUGGGUGGAGGGAGAUAGGCUUUAUUUGGAGCUGAGAGUUUGUGGAGUUGUGUGCAAGCAGGCUUUCCAGAAAACCUAAACCAGCACUGGAACAACAGAACGGCGCACCCGGCCUGAGAGCACAAGACAGACAUGAAUAUGACCCGAGCCUGUGACAGAGAACCCCUAUUGUAAUCAUCUGUCUGCCCAUCCAUCCAUUCAUCCUUUCUUCCUUAUUUCCAUCCAUCCUUUUACAUUUAAUUCCAUCAAGACUGUUACCUUGCCCCACUCAAACUAUCCACAACAGGGGUGAUGUAACAAAAAGGAAAACAACUGUUCAUCACUGUACCGCUCUGUCUCAGGGCGGGUGCUCAAUUGAUUAACAUGUUAUAUGUGUGUACGCAUUUGCACUGCAGUAGGUGUGGUAGGCUUUGUGAUUAGUGCCUCAAUCUCUGAUGAUGCACCGGACUGAUAACUAGUGGUGAGCUUGACCACUACCAAGGAAGAUUUCAGUGUAAAGUCAACUAAUAUUUGGGCCAUGAGAGAAGCAGUGAAAUUCAUUCAAACACACAAACUUUGGAUGCUACAUUUUAGGAUGCAUAAAGAAAUGAAAAAUCUGUAUAGAAAAGAGUGAAGUAAAGAAUACACAUAAAUGUAGGAAGAUGCAGUGAUCACGUAACCAGGAAAACUGGAUCUGAAAAAGACAAGACAAUUAGUUGGAUUCAUGAAAUUGAAUGUAAAAAAUGUAAUAAAAAAUUCAAAUCACAGUUUGUCUCUUUGUAUCUAAAAAGUCCACGCUUGUCACGUUCUGACCAUAGUUUGCUUUGUAUGUUUCUAUGUUUUAUGUCUAGG